UUAGCCUGUCAAGGGGAAAAAUAAUUUAAAAAAGUUUUUAAAAAAUUGUGUGGGAGUUUAAUUGUAAAGCGCCUGGAAUACUGAUUUUUACCCUCCUUUUAAUAAUUGGAGGUUUUUAGAUGAACAGAAUUAUUGUUUCCCAGUCAACAUAUAUUUCUUAAUUUCUUUAUAGUUUGAUGUUUUAGAGGCUCUAUUUGCCAAGUGGUUUGUUAAUUCCAGUAGAUAAGAGGAAUUUUAUUCCACUUGCAAGAUGAAAGAAAAAUAGGGAAAGCUCAUUUCCUAUGCCAAAGCUUGUUGUUGAUAAUGUUAAUUGUGCCACUGUGAGGAAAUUCAAAUUAUGGAGAGUUUGGCAGUGGCAGGUGGCACAUCUAUGCUCAGCACUAACACCACUGUCCCUGCUCUGGAGGGAGAGCAAGACAGGAACUUGGAGAGGGAAGAAACUGAGCAGGAAAUGUGCAGGUGUGACUGCAAACAUGUGGAGAGCAAUGCUGCCAUCAGCACCCUCAGGGAUGGAGCUGGGAUGGACACAUUGCAAGAACAAACAGAGUGUUCUCCAAGUGAAAAAUGCAUGAAUGUCAGUUCAAGGACCCUUCCCAGUCAGGCAGAGAAUUUUCCAACUGAUAUCUCCUUGAGGUUAACAAUGGUGAAAAGAAAGAGUGGAUGUCCUGAUCCCAGGCUCCAAAGACAGCUCAGAGGGCACCUCCGUCUUCUGGAAAAUGACAGCAAGGAAGUGAUGACUGUCUUCAGUGAGCUUUCUGCCAGACUCCUGUCUAUUCACAGUGAUCAAGAUUUAAUAGUGGUGACAUUUAAAACUUUUGAAGAAAUAUGGAAGUUUCUAACGUACCACUCACUGGGUUUUAUAAAUCAUUGCAUGGAGAAUUUAUUCCUAGACCAGUCUUUCUGGCUAUAUUCCCAAGAGGAGGAAGAUACAGGCAUUGAAGUCUGUAUAAAUGAAAAAUCAUUAAAUUUGAUGUACAGAAGUCUGCUAGUACAGGAAGGAUCUUUUUUUGUUUUAUAUCCUGAUAAUACGAUAAGAAAGAUGAUGGUUACAGACAAUGAAACAACUUAUUUUGAGACUGGGGCUUUUACUGAAGAUGUAAAAGGUGGAUCUGUGGAUAGUGACAUGCCCACAUGGUCUAAUGCUUCCCUGGAGCCAUUGGAGCCUUUCCAUCAGUGGUUUCUUAAAGGGUAUUCUAAUCCCAUUGAUUUUUCAUAUAAAAAUGAAUCUAAUUUGAUCAAAAAAGUUGCAAUGGGAUCCUGUCUAGCUGUGAUUAAUUAUGAAAGUAUUGUGUCAGAAGAGCUGAGUUUCCAGGAAGGGGACAGAAUUGAGAUCCUUGGCUACUUCAUUGAAUGCAUGGAAUGGUUUCUUGGAAGACAUGUAUUUACUGGCCAAAUAGGUUUUGUAAAGACAGGUCAUGUUAAACUGGACUUCUCUAAAAAUAAACCACAAGAUCUGGAUUUUCUUGAAGAAGAAGAGCAAUCUUUUUUUUCAAAAGAAAAAAAUUUGGAAGAAGUAGUACAUUUGUUGAAAGAAACCUCCAUCACAGAUGUUUGCUCUGUGUAUAGAAUAGAUGAAUUAGAAGAACCUGAAUUUCAGAAAGCUCAUGAAUGUGACAUUGCACGCUCACCUUCUAGCCCAGGAUCCACUAGCAAGAAUGGCAAGAUAGAAGAUUUGCUGAAGAACUUCAAGAAUUUGGAGGCCACUCAAGCUGGAGAGCCACCUGCUGAAGGGAAGGAAUCUGCUGGCUCUUCAAAGACUGAAAUAUUUCCUCUACCUGAAGGGCCUUGCUUCCACAUAUGUCAAGAAGAUAUUCAAGCAUCUGACAUGUUUGAGCCCUUGUUACUUUUCUUAAAUAGGAAAGAGUAUGAGAGCAACUUCAAAAGCCUGUAUAAUUUCUCUUAUUCAUUUAUGAAUAGCAUGUUUUAUGGAUUUUCAGAAGAAGAAGAACUGGUUAAUUUUUUAAGAUUAGCAAGGGAAGCAGCAAAGAAAGCAGGUCUGUCCUGGGCACUAGCAAGGCUAUGCUUUCUCUUAGGCAGGCUCAGUGUCAAGAAGCUGAAGUUUUCCCAAGCUCGUGUAUAUUUUGAGGAAGCAUUGAGAGAAGUAGCUGGAGGGUUUAGUGAUUUGUACUUUGUGAUUUCUCUUUAUACAAAUCUAACAGUCAUCUACUUGACCCAGAAGAACAAAGAAAAGUGUACUCAUAUUUUUGACAAGGCUGCAUCUCUUCUCAUGGGAAUUCCCAACUACAUUUGCAGUGCUGACCUGGAGUCAGAUAUACUGAAGUAUGCUCUGAAGAGGACAAUUUUGAGCCAGAACAAACAUGCAGAGGCAAGGGCAUGCUUUCUGCUGGCAAAACAUUACAGUGCACGCAAACAACACCAAGAGGCACUGCCUUUCUUGGAAAGGUUUCAGCUGUUGCUCAAUGACCUGGGUUUACAAAACAGUUUAUCCAACAACUGUUACUUCAAACUGGCAGAGUCCUACCACGAAAAGUGUUUGCCACACAUUGUGUUAAGUUGCAUAAAGGUUAACUCUCCCCAGAGCUCCAGUACCUUAAUGGAUUCCCUGAAAAGGAUUGAUUUAGUCAUCAAAAAUGCUCCCAAAUUAUAUGGCCUGAGAAAACUCAGACAAAUAUUCCCAUCCCAAAUUGCACCUUACCUCAUACAAGCACUUUCUUCUGUCUUUACUAAUGAGGAGGAAGGACUGUGCAGCACUAUCUAUCUCAGCUUAGCAAAGCUGUACAGCCACCACAAACAGUAUGGGAAAGCCAUUGCUUACAUGAUGAAAGCACUGGACUCUGCUUCUACUAAGCCAGAGGAAACAAUCAACUAUUUGGUUUCACUUGCUUGGCUUUACAUUCUUCACAAGCAAUAUGAAGUGGCUUUAGCCAUUUUAAAUGCUGUUGUAGGCUCUGCAUGGAGCAGUCCUCAGCAGCUCGGCAUUGCUUACAACAUGCUUGCCAUUGCUUUGAAAAGGACCAACAACACAAAAGAAGCUGCUGAGAGCUACUACAAAGCUCUGCGUCUUUCAGAAGAGACUGACAUGGCCCAUAACCAAGCCAUAGCCCUGGCUAAUUUUGGGGCACUCUGCCUGCAUGCAGCAGCCAGCAAGCUGGCAGAAUAUUAUUUUAUCAGGGCAGUUAAGCUAUUCUCCAGGCUUCCAAUUAUGGAUUGUGGUCAAGAUUUUAUCCAAGUCCUCCUUCAGCUGGGAUGUUAUUAUGUUGGUGGAACCAAAAGAGAGAAAGGAAGGUUUUAUUAUGAAUGGGCUUUUUUAGUUGCAAUGGAGACAAGUCAUCUGGAGAGUCAGCUGCAAGCAAUUAAACUGCUGUGUCAUUUCUACAGUACAGUUGCUCCCAAUGAGACUCAGUGUGUCAUCUACAAUGAAUAUCAACUAUCUUUAGCCAGAAAGAUGUCCAACAAAGUUCUGGAGGGCCAAAUUUUGGAAACUAUUAGUCAGCUCUAUUUGUCUUUAGGAACAGAAAGGGCCUACAGGUCAGCUCUGGAAUAUACCAAAAGAAGCCUUGGAAUAUUUAUAGACCUCCAGAAAAAAGAGAAGGAGGCAUAUGCUUGGCUCCGGGCAGGAAAGAUAUAUUAUGUUCUGAGGCAGAACGAGCUUGUGGAUCUUUAUAUUCAGGUUGCUCAGGAUGCUGCUCUUUGCACAGGAGAUCCAAAUUUAGGAAUGGAACUGUUUGAAGCUGCUGGAGACAUAUUUUUCAAUGGUACUUGGGAAAAGGAGAAAGCAGUGACUUUCUACAGGGACAGGGCUCUCCCACUUGCUGUUCAGACUGGCAACAAAACCACUGAACUCAGAUUGUGCAAUAAGUUGGUGGAAUUGCUGAUGAAUCUGAAGGCUUAUGAGGAAAGUCUGGAAUAUGCAAGAGUAGCUCUUGUCCUCAGUGUAAAAUUAGGAAAUCAGCUAAAUGAAAGAAUAGCUUACCAUCGCCUGGCAGCCAUCCAUCACCAUUUGGGUCACUGUGAACUAGCUGAACACUUCUAUUUAAAGGCCUUGUCCCUCUGUUCCUCUCCUCUGGAGUUUGAGGAGGAAACACUCUAUUAUGUCAAGGUGUACUCAGUCCUAGGAGACAUUAUAUUCUAUGACCUUAAGGACCCUUUUGAUGCAGCUGGUUAUUACCACUUGGCACUCGCUGCUGCCAUGGACCUGGGCAAUAAAAAAGCUCAACUGAAGAUUUACACCAGACUUGCUGUGAUCUACCAUAACUUCCUUGUGGAUAGGGAAAUGUCUCUCUUCUUCUACCAAAAGGCAAGAACCUUUGCAACAGAGCUGAAUGUAAGGAGAAUAAAUUUAGCUCCUGAUCGGUGUUACCAGAGUUCAUAAGCAUUUUUGGAAAAUGCAGCCUAACUACUGCAAAAGUACCUAAGGAAAUACUGCACUGGCUUUGUAGGAGGAUGAAGGCUGCAAUCAAUGACUCAUUAUCUGUGUGCUGUAAGGUGGAGCUCCUCAUCCCAGACUAAAUUACCAGUUUAUAUGACAGUGAAUUACAUUUCAUUAAGAUACACAGCUUUGUACUUGUUAAAGAUCAGUCUGUGAACUAAAACCAAAACCCAAGUAUUUUUUUUAACUACAAUUUUCUUUGCUAUAUCUUUCUGCCUUGAUGGAUAUUGGAAAAUGAUUAAUGCAUAGAUGCAAUGAAAAAUAUUUAAUAAAGUGUUACAGCAGAAAAACCACUCAAUA